CUUAUCAACCUGCGAAUACAUUGAUUGUGAAGAACUAUUUAAAACUCCGCCUCGAGCAUUCGGCACAUGUCCCAGCACGUCGUGCCAAUACCAAAAGCCAUUCACAGUUCGAUUCUCCGUCUACUGACUUCGAUCCAGGAUACAUUCGGCAGGUCGACCCGCGCUCAACUUACAUCCUAGUCAUGGCACCCGCGAGAAGCUCCGAUCAUGCCCCCUCCCCCGGAAACGCAUUCUCGCCAAGUGGAGUCGCUGUGCCACCCAUGCGCAUGCCACAUCUCGACUUCAUCUAUCGUAUCGUCUGCGACAUGGACCCCAACGUGUCCGAAAUUGCAAACGUUGAUAACACGGGCGUCACUCGUCUUGUUCUGCCUAUCUUGAGCGGGUCAGUCAAAGGCCCUAGGAUCACGGGCAAGAUUGUGGAGAGAAGUGGUGCAGAUUGGGCCGAGCGCAUUAGGCCUGACAAGGCGUUCUCAAGGUUGCAUGCCAUGUAUACUCUUCAGACUGAUGACGGUAUCUUCAUCCUCGUCAACGCCCAGGGUGUUUUCCGCACUGGCCCUGGUCAAACAGACAAAUCGCCUCGAUCUUCAAUCAGUCAGGAUGACGUUGAGUACUUCACGCACAUCAGGUUUGAAGCACCAGGGGGAAGCCCUUACGACUGGAUGAACGCUGUGGUAGCACUCGGGGUAAUGACCAUGUUCGAGGGGCGCCCUAUCAUCGACUGCUAUCGACUCACAAACUUCCCUGGCGUAGCGGCAGAAAAGCUUUGACCAGGAUAGUGUGCAGAAUUGUGGAUCUAGCCACUAGAUGUUUCCAGC